AAUAAAUGAUUUGUCUUAUAGGUGUUGAUUCAUUAGUCGCACACAGUGAAGUGCUGAGAUUGGUGUGGUUGUUAAAGUGUGGUUCAGUAAUUUAUUUAUUUUCUUAGUUUUCGGUAAAGCUCAGUGCUGUGCUAUUGAAUAAGAAACAUUUUAAACAGCACAUUAUUUUUAUCAAAAAAUAACCAUGACCGUUAAGGACGAAAAAACCUUUAAAUCCGUCGCUGAACCUGUUGAGGUAUCCAAAAAAGAUUUAAAGCCGCACAAUGUUGAACAAUGGGAAAUAAAUUUGAUUGGUAAUUUUUUGCUGACAUUCUUUCAUCGUAAGUUAAUUGGUCCACACAAUAAAUGGACUUGUUUACAAUCAUUGGUUCAAAAGGAAUAUCAAGAGUUCUUGACAGCCGAUUUAAGCAACCGUUUGAUAAGUCUCAAUGGCACAGAUGAUAUUGGUGUAAUGAUGAAACGUUGUGGCUUUCUAAAAAAAAUAGAUUGCGAUAAACUUCCAGCUGUCUACACAGUAAGAAGCACUUUACUGUUAGAGUUCAGGAUAAGAAAAUUAAAAGAACAUGAUAAACGCAGAAUAAAUCCUGCACAAAAUUCGCUAAGUACAUCAGCUGGUCCGGAAGAUAUUUUAAGGAAUUUGAUUGAAGGAGAAGAUAUUCCCAUAUUGGAGGAGAACUACAAAAUUGAUGAAAAUUCUCCCCAACUUGGUUUGCAAUAUCAAGGUACACUUGUCCAGAGACGACUUUCAAAUUACCGUCCCACCAAUUUGAGUUGUUAUAUAUGUCAACUGAAUUUUUCCACUAUGGAUAGCUAUGAAGAACAUAUACAAACACACAAUGUUGAAAAUGAUUUCGAGUUUUUAAAACAAUUAACGGUGAAUGAAUCUCCCAUAUUUACAGUGUCCUACAGGCUUUGCGAAAACUCCCAUGUUUUCUGUUUUAUCAUCGAAACCAAUAUGGAGAAUUUGAUUAUUGAGAAGAUAAUUAUCGUUCAAACUCGUUCUAUGUUUAACGUGGAUAAUAUGCGUGGUUCCUAUGCUAUGCCUGCAAAUGGUCGUGACGAAUUUUACCUAGAUUCUCACAUGUUUACCAUGUACGUUGAACAACCUAUUAUAAUCAUAUGCCAUCCGAAUGACAAUAAGGAUGAACGUUUUAUAGAAGAGCAUCAUUUUAUGCGUGCCUUGGAAUUCCCCAAAGUGAAUUUUGCUAUUAAACCCAAUCGAUUGCCAAUGAAUAGAACUUUUAAAACAAAAUUUAAAUUGCCCGAUUACUUCCCACCGAUGGAAAUAUGCAACAUCUCAAAGGAUGAUUUCAGUCAUAGCAAGCUUAUGGAAAUCUCCCAUAAAUUCAAAGACUAUAUAAACGAGGGAAAGUCAUUACAACCACAAAGCGCGGGUCACAUAUUUACCACUCUUUUGCAGAUUGAAGAUGUGGAUACCACCAAAAAGUACUUGGGUCUUUUGCACCGCAAUGUUUGGCUUCGCAAUUUUGGGGACGACUUUAGCAUGAAGUUAAAUCCGAAACAAUCCAUGAACGUCGAAAGUAUUUUGUCAGUAAUGGACGAGGUUCUCAUUGUAACAAAAGACGAUAUCAAAACUGGUGAAAGUAGCCUUACAGAAAUAAUGAUGCAAAGCAGUGAAGAUUUAUCGAAUCAGGGGAUUUAUGUGGCUCAGAUUAUUGACAUCAGUUCUGGACGAGUGUCAUUUAAAUAUUGCAGAAACGGAAGAUCCCCACUUAGUUUAAAACGCCCAUACACUAUUCUAUUCCGUCCAUCACGUUUGCAGUUGCGCUAUCAGUAUUGUGCUUUGCAACUAUUACCAGAGGUUAUGAAAUAUCUGAAAAAAUUUCUUUUCCCCGACACUAUUCUACCACAAUUACCUCCCAAUAAUUUUAGCUUGGAUUUGUACAACAAAUCUAUUGCGUCUAAUCCAGAACAAACACAAGCAGUAAUCAACAUUGCCACGGGACCACGAAAUGAUGCUACUUAUGUUAUUUUUGGACCACCAGGUACUGGCAAAACAACCACUGUCGUUGAAUCCAUACUUCAGGUAUUAAAAAGAAAUGAAACAAAAAUUCUUGUAACCGCCCCCUCAAAUAGUGCCUGUGACGAGUUGGCUUUACGUUUAUGCAAGACGCUAUCAACAAUAGAUCUGUCCCGCGCUAUUGUAAGAAUCUAUGCUGCAACAAGUGAAUCGCGAAUGGAUACAGUUGAUGAAUUACUUCUGGAACAUUCCAAUAUGUAUAAGGGCCACUUCUAUCCUGAUGUUCAAGUACUACAUGAAUAUCGUAUUGUCGUUUGUACUUUGUCUGUUGUAUCCAAACUGGUGACUGGUAAAUUUGGACGUACUGAAAACGGCAAGGCUGUAUUUACCCAUAUGUUCAUCGAUGAAGUUGCUGCUGCAACGGAGGUUGAAUCUCUUUCUGCUUUGUGUACCAUACUCUCACCAGAGUCAAGUCUAAUCAUUUCCGGUGAUCAUAAGCAACUGGGUCCAAUUAUUAAAUCGAAACGGGCCGAAGAUUUAAAUUUGAAUGUUUCUUUAAUGGAACGUCUUCUCGGUCUUGAGUGCUAUCGUGUAGAACCCCAUAAUGGAAAUUAUGAUCAAAGCAUACAAACUCGUUUGCGUAAGAAUUUCCGUUCUCAUCCUGCAAUUGUUAAACUUUACAGUGACAUGUAUUAUGGCGGGGAGUUGGAGGCAAAAGCCAAGAUUGGUAAUGUUUCAUUGGCUAAACGCUGGCAUUCGGCUCCAAAUAAAAACUUUCCCAUAAUCUUCCACUCCACCAAUGGGAAAAUGUAUUCUGACAAACAAUCAUUUAGCUUAUACAAUUCAGACGAAGUGAACAUCGUUAUGAAUUAUGUCAAAGAUUUCAUGUAUUUUGGCAUUGAUGGUAAACCUAUAUUGGAGUCCGACAUUGGUAUUAUAUCGCCGUAUAAAAAACAAUAUCAGCGUAUACGCGAGGAAUUGAAUAUGCGCAAAUGGUAUCAAAUUGAGACCGGCUCAGUAGAAACUUUCCAGGGGAAGGAAAAGGAAAUCAUCAUUACAUCAUUUGUUCGAUCGGGCACCUCGUCCUUAGGUUUUUUACAAAGUGAUAGGCGCUUAAACGUAACCUUGUCGCGAGCUAAGUCACUACUCAUCUUGGUGGGAAAUGCCGCAACUUUAUCUGUUGACUUUAAUUUUGAGUAUAUCAUCAAAAAGUGUAAGCACCAUGGAACCUUAGUUGGUGACGGUAAAAUAUCUACCAAUAGGACGUUAGAGGCGAUUACAAAAACAAUCAAGAAUCUUAAGUUAAAUGAUCAAAAUCUAACGGUGCCCACACUCAAACGAAGAUCUCGUGGUUCACGUGGUCUCCGAACAAAGAAGAAAGCGGAAAGUAUUGCCUGCCACAUUACAGAUUGGAUUAAUUCAUCAAAAUCAGAGUCUCCAGAACCAUCUCUUCACCAACAGGCAAUCGAAGCAAGAAAACAAUUACCUAAAGCUGUUCAAUCUGUCCAAACAGAAAAACGUGUUCCUACAACCACACCCCAGAAAAUAUUAAAAAAAGCAGCAAGUGUAAUCAAGAAUGGUAACAAGACUUCUAAAAUCAAUUUAGAUACCAUUUGCAAUGAAAUUGUUAUGGGCAACAUUGAUUUGAAACCCAGCAAAGAAAUUGUUUCGAAUGUAGCCAAGAGACGUAGGCGAUGCAGAGCAAAGAUAUCCAGCGCAAAAUCUGAUAUGAACAAAGAAAACAAUAAACCUAUCUAAAAAUCCUUAAAUUCGGUUCAAUUUCUAAAAAAUUAAUACCUACCUGAUAAAUACUGUUUUAGAAUAUGGCGUGUAGAAUAUUGUGAUGUAAUAAAUCUGUACUGUUAAAUCGGAAUAAAUUAAUACGUAUUCAUAGAUUUAGAUUAAAUUUCUAAAAAAUAAAUGCCUACCUGAUAAAUCCUGUUUUAGAAUGUAGCGUGUAAUAAAACUGUGCUGUUAAAUCGGAAUAAAUUAAUACAAAGAUUUAUUUUAAAAAGUAAAUCUGGUCUAUGUCGUCUCAUAACAAUAUUUUCUACUGUUAAUUUAACUUUAAUAUAAUAAUAUGAAAGUUCAAUAUACGAAA